AUGCGCUGCAUAGGAGCCGAAAAUCCGCCAUGCGUCCGAUGCUCUAAGACCGGUCGAAAUUGCGUCGUCCAUGCCUCUCGGAGGGGACAACAUCAAUCUGCCAACUCUCUGCGCAAGUGGCAGCCACCAGUCUCAUCAUCUCCUUCGGACGCUUUACACCAACAGGACAGCCAGAAUACGACUGAUGCUGCCACCAGCUCGGUCCGACGCUCGCCUCCAGUCCAUACAGCAACGCCUCCGGCAUUUGCCCUUCAAAGCCCCUCCUAUAAAGGCGGACGUGUGUCUCCUGCUAGCACUUCACAGCCGGACCAAAAUGUUUCGCCCAGCUUGCCAUCUGUGUACUCCUUGUCCCCCUUGGCUGCGCUUGACUCGGUUGCACUCCAGCAACCGUUGCCAGAGUCCUGGUCACAGCCUGCAUCGGAUGGCAUCGCAGUUGUUCCCUCGGCAUCGUCCAGAAGAAACCCGAAAGACGUACCCGACACCGUCUUAGUUGAGCUUAUCGAAUUUUUUCGGGAGAAGAUCUCGUACUUUGUGCCUGUUAUUGAUGAUGCAGACCUCAAAGACCCGCUGUAUGUGGUGAAGCAUAGGCGGCCACUCGCUUAUUGUGCAAGUUUCGUGGCAUCACAAUUUAUCCCUGGAAGUGCCAGUGUUCGCGAACAACUCACCUGGCCCAUCUCAGACUUCAUAAGGGCAACGAGCGGGCCUUUGGCAAAGAAUGAAAGCAUUGUGUGGACGCAACUACAGGCCUUUGCGAUCCUGUAUGCAUACCGCCCAGCCGCAGACGUGUUCCAUCUCGCAAGCGCUCCUCAGUCUGGGUUCCUUGAUCACUGGGUCUUGAAGUAUUCCAUCGAAGCAUUUGCGCUGCGAGCCGGCCUUCACCGCUCUAUCGACAGUCUCAAAGUGCUGCUACAGCAGAACCCGCCAGAUAUAUCAAAGUCGCCAGCCUUUCAGAGAUACGUCUACUGGCUUUGGCUUGUGACCAUGUCUCAUCAUUUCUCUUUGAUGACACGCACGCCUCCGACUAUUCGAGAAGAUAGCACCAUCAGUUCAGCGGUUGACUUGCUGAGAGAUGUGCCCAAGCCAACACGUGUGACUCGCAUCCUCGCCGAGGUCGAUCUUUACAUGCUGUGGCAACAAGCAGGCCGAAGUGCUCCAGGCCUUGCAGAAUGGUGGUGUAAGCCGUCCGGCACCAUGAACAUGGAGGAAGUGGUGGCAGUUCUGGAAGACAUGGAGGGAGCCCUUGAAGUCUGGGGUCAACGAUGGGGUCUCCGUGGGGAAUCCAAUAUGACCAUUUCAAAUGUGGAUGUUUCCAGGAAUGGAGCUGUGGAUUUCCACUUUCAGAGUACUCGCUUCUGCAUCAGCACUUUCGGCACCAGGUACAUGCUUGAAAAGGCACGGUCAGCUCUUGACGCACACACUGCAUCUCGCCAGGCCCUGGCUCCAGUUGCCAGAGAAUUUGUGGUGAAAUCUGUUGAAGCGGCUCAUGCUUGUUCUCGAUGUCUCAUGGAUACACCACCUCUUAGACGAGAGAAUAUUCGAUAUAUGGCCGACUUUGGGUAUGCUCUGAUAGCAUUCUGCUGUCUCUACAUCAUACAAGCUUGCGAACUAUUCAGCUCCACUCUUCCCAACCCGACAAAGUACCUAGAUUCCGUUGAAGAAGUGGCAACGUUUAUGGGAGAAAUGGCUGUUGCGAACAACACCGCUCCUCGGUUCUAUGGCAACUCAAUAUUGCAGCAGCUCAAAAGGAUCCCUAAGAACACGGGGAAUUCCGGCUUCGACAGCCAAUUAUGGACAGAACAGCAUGAGGGAGCUCCAACGAGUCGUGCAACUGUCUCCCAAAGCCCGGUUGCGCUGAUCUCAGAAGGGUACCAAGUUCGGAUGGCAACCUUUGACGAGUUACCCGAAGCCGAUGGACCAGAAGGUUUUGCACGGCCCAGCCCACAACUUUCUACGAGUAGUUUCCCCAUAUUCGACCCUAGCUGGGGGGCCCUUCUAAGAUAA